ACUAAAAGCUUGAUGUUCCCUCUUGAGUUCGACAGCUAUCUUGGUUCGGGUGAUGAUAGCAAUGAUUCUUGAAUUGUUUCCAAGAUAAUGUCGCCUCAGCACAGGAGAUGACAAAGCCACGGGAAAUGCUUUCGUUUCCUCUUCGCCGGAUUAGAUUUCAUGACGUUUUGGCCCAAAAACAGCGAUAGAGACUUUUGCAGCAAGAAACGCAGCCAAAAAACCCCAAGCUGCGCGAAAUGGCGUCUUCUCGAUUCAUUUGUUUCAUGGCAUUUUUCAGCGGCAUUGUAGCGGUGGUGAGCUCAAACCCGUUUGUAUUCGGCUCAGUUCCUCGUAGAAGCAGCAAACCAAACAGGGGAAGGCGAGUACAUGGCAGUAAUGUCCAUUGUGGCGGCAUGAUCACGGGCUCAGCUGGUGAGAUCACCAGUCCUUAUUUCCCCGAGAAGUACCCGGAUGAAGUGGACUGUUUCUGGAAACUGACAGGCGAAGACGGGUCACGUGUUACACUCAAAUUCACUCAAUUCCAGGUUGAGACUAGCCACGAGUGUGAGUACGACUCGCUGGAAGUGUACAAUGGUGACCGCGCAGUUGAAAGUCAAAGGAUCGCUAAGCUUUGCGGGUCAAGCGUUCCGCACGAUAUCGUGUCCCGCGGGUCAACACUUCUCCUGCGCUUCCACUCCGACUUCUCUGUGAAUGAGCGGGGAUUCCGUCUGUUGUUCACACGAUCAGGCUGUAGCCAUUCCUUCACUGGGAGCUCUGGUGUUAUUGCGUCCCCAAACCACCCAGACAGGCACCCGAUAUCCGUGGACUGCAGUUACAAGAUUGAGGUGGCCAGCGGUCAUAUUGUCGCACUCAGUUUCGAGAGGUUUGACCUUGAGGGAGAGGAAGAUGGCGAUGGCUGUGCUUAUGACUACGUGGAGAUCUUUGAGGGCCUGCACUCAUCUGGUCAGCGACUUGGAAAGUACUGUGGGUCCAGCCUACCUCCGUUGCAGCGCUCCUCGUCCAAUCAGAUGCUAGUGCGCUUCGUGGCCGACCAAUCAAUCAGCAAGACAGGAUUCCGAGCCACAUUCAGGGCGGAGCUACCAGCUACGGGAAAUCCGUGUAUUACUAACAAUGGCGGCUGCGGCCAAGUCUGCCUAAACACGCCUAAUGGUCGAAUUUGCUCCUGUCACCAUGGAUACACCUUAGAGUUCGACGAAGAGUCGUGUCGAGAUGUGGAUGAGUGCCAGAAUAAUAAUGGAGGCUGCCGUGACUUGUGUAUCAACACACCAGGGAGCUUCAUGUGUCAGUGCAGACAGGGAUAUGUGCUAGCCAACGACAACAAAACAUGCAUCAAUCUGAACGAGUGCGCCACGAGGAAACAUCGCUGUGAGCAGUUGUGUCGUGACACUGACGGCGGAUACUACUGCGAAUGCCACAAGGGUUACCAAGUGGGGCCUGACGGGAUGUCAUGUAUAGACGUGAAUGAAUGUCUGCUGCCCAAGAGUUUUCAUCACUGUGACCACUCAUGCGUCAACACGCCAGGAAGUUACUACUGCACGUGUAACGAAGGGUUUGUCCUAAGCGCUAACGGCCGCAGAUGCCGAGAUGUGAACGAGUGCAUGAUGGGAGGUGUAAAGUGCGACCAAAAAUGCGUCAAUACUCCUGGGAGCUACCGCUGUGAGUGCUAUCGCGGGUUCAGACAGAGUGACGACGUCCUGAAAAAGUGCAAUGAUAUCGACGAAUGCCUUGAAGGCCUGCCGGAUUGCCAUAAGUGUACUAACACAGCUGGGAGUUACUAUUGCACUUGUGAUACCGGCUACAAGCAAGUCAACAACCGAACACGUUGCCAAGAUAUAGAUGAAUGCAUGGACAACAAUGGUGGGUGUGGACAGCUUUGUGUCAACACGGCGGGGAGCUACCACUGCAAGUGUGAGCCUGGGUACAAUGCUACAGAAGCAGGUGCUAGAACUUGUGUUGACAUCGACGAGUGCGCGGGGCAUUUCGGGAAAGGCGACUGCGACCACAUGUGCAAUAACACCGCGGGCUCAUUCAAGUGCUCCUGUCACCAUGGCUACGCGCUGACCGAUGACGGGCUCACAUGCCAAGAUAUUGACGAAUGCGCAGUAGAUAAUGGUGGCUGUCACCAGAAAUGCGUGAAUAGCCCUGGAAACUUCUCUUGCGCGUGUCAUGAUGGUUAUAUAACCGCUGGCCGGAAUGGCUCAGAUUUUAUUUGUGAUGAUAUCGACGAAUGUGCCAGCGGUACUCACCAAUGCGAGGAAGGCGCAACUUGCGUUAAUACUCCUGGGAACUACUCCUGUCUGUGUCCACAGGGAUACCGCUCUGACUGGAACAAGUGUGUUGACAUCGAUGAAUGUGCUAACCCACAAGUCAACAAAUGUCAGCACAUCUGUAACAACACCCAAGCCAGCUUCCACUGCGAGUGUCGGGAGGGAUAUAUCCUCAACAGCGACGGCAUAUCGUGCUCAGACAUCGAUGAGUGCAAACAGAGAAUGUGCGAAAAGGAAUGCGUCAACACUGAGGGGAGCUACUUUUGCUUCUGCCCACCGGGAUAUCAGUUGACUGACGACAAGAGACACUGCCAAGAUGUCGAUGAGUGUACGGCUGGAGACCUUUGUGACCAGACUUGCAUCAACACCAACGGGAGCUACUACUGCGAGUGCAAGACGGGGUUUGAACUUCUAGGAGAUAGAAAGACAUGUCGAGACCUGGACGAAUGCGCCCUUAACACGGCGUGUUGUAACCAGGCCUGCGUCAACACCGAGGGCUCAUACAACUGCACUUGCAACAGCGGCUACGAGCUGACAAGCCGAUGCACGUGUACAGACAUCGACGAGUGUGCAGAACGAAACGGUGGAUGUCAGCAGGUUUGCACCAAUACCGCGGGCUCAUAUAGCUGCUCGUGUUCGCCGGGAUUUUUGAUCGACUCACGGUACCCUAAACAAUGUAAAGACAUCGACGAGUGUAAAACGGACAAUGGUGGAUGCCAGCACAACUGCACCAACACAAUCGGCACCUACCAAUGCACGUGCCACCCUAAGUUUAAGCUUCAGCCAGACGGGAAGUCUUGUGGACAUUGCCCAACAUGUGACGACUUUGAGUCACUGAUGGAAACAGUGAGGAAUCUUAAAAAACAGGUAGCGUCCUUAGAGGCGUGGCGUCAGAGUACUGGGCGUGGAUGCGUGGACGAGGAUUACGAGUUCCAUGCUGAAGAUAGCUCGUGGAAGAAGGCGUUCUGCUAUAUGUGCUCUUGUGAGCGCGGCAAGGUGAAAUGCGAGCGUGUAAUUGGCUGCCCCAAGGGUACCCCUGUAACACCUGCCAAAGCCACCGAGCGUCCCCAGACCUCCCCCCUAGACGCCACGACAACUGGCGCUUCUGUUGACGAGGACAAUACGAGCUCAGGUGUGUUCACCACAGGAAUCCCACCAACCAGCAGUCGCCCAGCUGCUAAAGAAGACGGCUUAUUUACCAUAAAUCGCUCAAGGAAGAAGCUCAAGUGAAUUAUAGCUCAAGCAAC